GAGAUGCUCAAAUCAGCUGCUUUUAGAGAUAUCACGUAACUUACAAGUUAAUAAAUGAUCUGUCUUAAGAAAAACAUUGACCUGUUCAACAAAGAUGAGCUUGUUUUUCAGAGAAAUUGGUGAAGGGUGGAAAUUAUUUUUAUAACUGUUCAAAUGGACAAUGAACCUAAUCAUUCCACUGAAUUCAAUACAAAACAAGUUGAGUUUGAGAUUUUUUUUGUUGUUCAGAGAUGCUUCAUUGUCUCAGAAGAUUGUCAUGAAACAUUCUCUUAGUUUUGGGAAAAAAAAAUAGAAUAAAGUGGAUAAAAAUAAAAUCCAGGCUAAGAUAAGAGAUUUUUACUGGCAAUGAAUCGUUCUUUUGGCCAUGAAGCAAAUAAAUUAAUUCCCAUUAAAUGUAAGAAAAAGAAGAAAAGGAGGACAAACUAAUUCACCAGUUAAUACUUUAUUGGUUCAGGUUCUACUCUAACUUUCAGAUUUACAUCAAUUAUACAUCAAUUAUACAUGUUAUAAUCCUGUCACAACAACAAAAAACAACCAAAUUCUAAUUGUUCACAAGUUGUAUUUGGGCUGUCAUUUCAGAAAAAACAAGAGUCAUUUGUAAGUUUCAAUGGAAUUUAUGUAAUGGAUUGUGAGAUAAGAUGAUGAUGAGGACGAUGAUGAUGAUAAAGGAAACCCCCCCCCCCCCCUCUGGGUGUUUCUAUAAAUAUGUCAAUAAGAGUAGAGUAAAUCAGUAAUAGUGCUCACUUUCAGGUCAAUACUUGUGAGACCUGACCCAGCUGAGGCCAUGCAUGUCCUGAUUGUCUUCGCCUGCUUCAUGGCCUCCGCCGCCCGCAGCGCGCCUCUGCCGGAGAGCGGCAGCGCACUUGUUGAGGAUCCGCGGUUCCAGGAGAUCCUGCAGAGGAGCCGCAGCUUGACGCAAAAGAUCCUGGACUCCAUAGCCGACACGCACAGCUCCUGCAUUCACACAGAGACCCUAAAGUUGGAUUCUUCAGACAUCGGCAGGUUUUCAACCAUGGCGACCAACAUUGGCAUCCCCCCGGCUCCUGUACUCACAGCGGUUUCAGAAAAUUUCACUCUGGAAACUGGUUUGAGAGUGAUGCAUGAUGGGCUGCAGCUGCACCAAGGGUUGCUGAGCUCCAUCGCCCCUCGACUAGCAGAGAAAGACAAAGUGGUUGCAUUGAUGUCCGAUGUCCGAGAUCUAAAAAUCCAGAUUGCUAAGAUGCAGAAAAUGAACCAAUCGCACAUCGCAGCGCCCCCCACGUCGGGCUCGGUGGAACUGCGCCUCCCGGGGGAAUUUGAGGUCCAGGUGGCGGCUCACCUGACCCUGGUCCAGCUGCAGGCGUUCAGCUGGGACGUGGCGCGUUGCCUCAGGAGUCUGGACCGCAGCACCGGCGAUGACAACCAGAGCUGACCAAAGAUCGUUGUAUUCCUCUUUCAGCCUGAGCUGAAAACCUACGUUGCCAGUUUUUGUUAUAUUUAUUGAUCUGCUAGCAGAUUAUUUAUUUGUUAAAUCUAUUUUUAUUUAUAUAUUUAUUUCGAGAGAUGCAUUGUAUUUAUUUAGGAAAUCAAUUUUUUUGAUAAACCUUUGCACUCGUCAGAUGUAUGACCAGCUAAUAAUGCUCAUAUUAGUGAGUUCUGGGAACAUAUUAAAGCUGCAGUAUGUAACCGUUUUAAAAUAAACAUUGUUACAUAUUUGUUAAAAUGAUAAUUAUGUCAUGACAGUAUAAAACACAUAAUCUGUGAAAAAAAAAACAACAGUUUCUCUGGCUUCUCCUGGUACCAAAUGCAGAAAUUCACCACACAGAAACAACCAAUCAGCGUGAGGAGGAGGAGGGUCUUAGUGCCGUCAAUCACUCUCGUGCUCAGCUCCUCCUGCUUGCACUUUGCUACGUUACACCUGGUUCUCCACAACAUAGAAUCACAUGAAUGCUAAUGCUAUUUAGCAUAGCCACUGAUGACGGCAGAUUAACAGUUUAUUUGUAACAGUAAGGAGGUUGAUCUACAGCGCUAAGCCCCGCCUCCUGGCUCUGAUUGGUUGAUUUGGACCCAGAGCGAUGCAAUAUUAGCACUAGGAGGUGGAGAACCUCAGUUUUUCAGAUUGUCUCAUAAGAUAAUGUCAACAUUUUGACAGUUUUAAUAAAUAUGGAAAAACGCAUUUCUGUAAAUGUUACGCACUGCAGCUUUAAAGACGAUUA